AUGGUGUUUGACAUGAAAGAUCUUGGUCCUUUAACAUACUUUUUGGGAUUGGAAGUUACUAGAGUCAAACAAGGAAUUUUUCUAAGUCAAGCUAAAUAUGCUAAUGAUCUUCUUGUAAAGGCAGGAAUUGAUACAGUUCGACCUUGCAGUUCCCCUUGUCUUCCUCAUUAUCAAAUGACAAAAGAUCAAGGUGUGCCUCUCAAAGAUCCAACUAUGUACAGAAGCAUUGUAGGAGCCUUACAAUAUCUCACCUUUACACGACUAGAUAUUGCUUAUGCAGUGAACACUAUUUGUCAGUUUUUGACAACUGCUACAGACAUUCACUUUGGUGUAGUCAAGAGGAUACUAAGAUAUCUACAUGGCACUGCUCAUAAAGGUUUGUUUUACAACUCAGCUAAUGCACUUAACAAUGUAGUUUGUGUCAAGGCAUUUUGUGAUGCCUAUUGGGCAGGAGAAGUUAUUCAAAGACGUUCAACCACUGGAUUUGUAGUAUAUCUUGGUAUGUGUCCAGUUUCAUGGCAGUCAAAGAAACAAGGUAUUGUGUCUCGAAGUUCAACUGAAUCUGAGUAUAGAAGCUUAGCUAAUAUUGCAGCUGAAAUAAGUUGGAUUAGACAUUUACUUUGUGAUUUGAAGGUUCCAAUUCCUAGAGCCCCCUUACUUAAGUGUGAUAACCUGUCUGCAUUGGCUCUAGCUUCAAAUCCAGUGUUUCAUUCUAAGAUUAAACACUUGGAUAAUGAUUUUCAUUUUGUUCGGGAGCGUGUUCAACGCUAUGAUUUGUACCUUGAAUAUGUAUCUACUACAGAACAUACUGCUAUCUACUACAGAACAUACUGCAGACAUUUUAACAAAAGGGUUACCUUCACCAAUCUUUCGCACUCAUUGUAUCAAUCUCAAACUAGCCACCCUAGCUGA